CCCUCUGGAGGGCCCUGUGCGCCUGCCUGGGCAUUGCUGGUAGGUGUGGGCUCUGCUCGGCGUCGCAGCCCCGGGACCGGCGGGCUCUGGGCAGCGUUACGGGCCUUUUCGACAACUGGCAGGCUCUGGAGAUACAGCCAGAAUUUUUUGUUCACAUGGCAGCAGCAAACUCUACUCCACCUGGCUCUUUGGAUCUAAACCAGCCUGGAUUUGCAAAGGAGAUCCUGGGAACUAAACUGGAGGUCAAAUACCUCUGCUCCGACUGCAAGAAUAUACUGAGGAGGCCCUUUCAAGCGCAGUGUGGACAUCGCUACUGUUCCUAUUGUCUAAAGAAAAUUAUAAGUGCUGGACCUCAAAAGUGUGCCAGCUGUAUUCAGGAAGGAAUAUACGAAGAAGGAAUUUCUAUUUUGGAAACAAGCUCGGCUUUCCCAGACAACGCAGCUCGUCGGGAGGUGGAAAGUCUGCCUGCAGUCUGCAUUAACAGCGGCUGCACGUGGAAGGGGACUGUUAAAGAGUACGAG